AUGGGCUUGAAACGGAAACCGAAAAACCCGAAUGAUCCCUCGUCGCCGCUGUUGCAACGAAAGAACAAAAAGGGUUAUAGCAGCGCCGAGAAAGUCGCAGAGUCGCCGGAUCUUGACGCAAAGAGAGCCUCGCUUGGACAAUUGUAUCGAUAUGCGGGUCCACUUGACCUCUUCAUGGUGAUCUUUGGUUGUUUAGUGGCUAUCAUUACUGGUCUCGGAUUCCCGUUUCUCUCGAUCAUUAUUGGAAAUGUCUCUCAAACUUUCAUCGUUUUGGAAAACGCAAGAUUGCAACAGGAGCGGAAUUUGACGGACGAAAUGAGUUACGAUGAUGCAAGAGACACUUUCAAACAUGAUGUCAUUCAAGCUUGCAUCAAGUACGCGGUGAUUGGCGGUGUCAUGAUGCUCUCGUCGUUUAUUCAGGUCACUUGUUUUAUGCUCAGCUGUGAAAAUAUCACAAACCGAAUGAGGAGAGCGUUUUUCAAGGCUAUCAUGCGUCAAGACAUUUCUUGGUUUGAUCGAAAUCACUCGGGCACCUUAGCGACAAAGCUUUUCGAUUCAAUGGAACGAGUCCGUGAGGGUCUCGGUGACAAAAUGGGUUUGAUGGUUCAGUUCACGGCACAGUUCUUUGGCGGCUUAGCGGUGGCGAUGAGUUACGACUGGAAAUUGACGUUGAUCAUGAUGUCUCUUUCGCCCGUUUUGAUCAUUUGUGGCGGUUUUAUGGCAAGACUAAUGGCGUCAGCAACAGCCGCCGAAAUCAAGAAAUACUCGGUGGCUGGUCAAAUCGCCGAAGAAGUUCUCACCUCAAUUCGCACUGUUUUCGCGUUCAAUGGCCAAGAAGGAGAAUGCAGGAGAUAUGAUAAUGCGCUAGAAGCGGGCAAAUUAGAUGGAUACAAGAAAUCCGUAUACAUCGGAGUGGGGCUUGCAUCGACUUUUAUCGUCAUUUUCUCCUCGUAUUGCUUGGCUUUCUGGGUGGGAACGGAUUAUAUUUACUGGAAGAUGGCGACGUCAUCGAAAGUGCUCACGGUCUUCUUCUCGGUGAUGAUGGGCUCAAUGGCGAUGGGACAAGCCGGACAACAGUUCGCCGUCUUUGGUACAGCGCUUGGGGCUGCCGGCGUUGUGCUGCAGGUUAUCGAUCGGGAACCCGAAAUCGACUCUUAUGCAACCACGGGCAAGAAGCUGGAUCACGUGAAGGGUGAGGUGAAAGUCGACAAUCUUUACUUCCACUAUCCAACAAGGAAAGAUGUCCCAAUCUUGAAGGGAAUCUCGCUAACGUGUCGACCUGGUGAAACGGUGGCCCUUGUGGGAUCAUCCGGAUGCGGAAAGUCAACAAUCGUUCAACUCCUGCUCAGAUAUUACAAUCCGAUUAGUGGAAUGAUCACAAUUGACGGAGUUCCCCUCGAAGAGUUGAACAUCGAGUUCACAAGGAGAAUGAUCGGUGUGGUGAGUCAAGAGCCGGCUCUCUUCAAUGCUACAAUCAUUGAGAAUCUCCGUUACGGUAAUCCGAAUGCAACCGACGGUGAGAUUCAGGCAGCACUCCGAAAAGCGAACGCGCAAAAUUUCAUCAACUCUUUCCCGCAGGGUUUAAACACAAUUGUCGGUGAUCGAGGCGCACAAAUGUCUGGCGGUCAAAAGCAGCGAAUCGCCAUUGCUCGAGCUCUCCUCAGAGAUCCGAGAAUUCUUCUCCUUGAUGAAGCGACUUCAGCUCUUGAUGCGGAAAGUGAAAGUGUUGUGCAAGCGGCUUUGGAGAAUGCGUCAGUUGGAAGGACAACGAUUGUGAUCGCUCACCGAUUGUCGACCAUUCGAAAUGCUGACAAAAUUGUGGCCAUGAAAGAUGGGAGAGUGGUCGAAGUGGGCACACACGAUGAGCUGCUGGCGAAGAAAGGGUUGUACCACGAAUUGGUGAAUGCUCAAGUGUUUGCUGAUGUUGAGGCUAAAGGCGGAAAAGUGUCAACUCCAGGCCGACGAACAUCUCGUCAAAUCUCUCGUCAACAAUCUCACGGAUCAACUGCUCGAAGUGACCUCGUAGAUCUCGUUGAAACCGACGAAGAUCCGAAAAAGGCAGAGAAAGUCGAGUCAGACAUUGAACGAUUAAAGAGAGAAGCUGAAGAGGAAGGAGUUGAAGAACAGAGUCUUUUCAAAAUUCUGAAAUACGCGAGACCGGAGUGGUGGUUGUUGUUGAUUGGCACGAUCGCUUGCCUCAUUCAAGGAGCCGUUUUCCCUGUCUUUUCGCUCUUUUUCACGCAAAUCAUGCAAGUGUUCGCGGAACCUGACCCGGAAACGAUGAGACACGAUGGACACAUGUGGGCGUUGAUGUUCCUCGUUUUGGCUGGUGUUCAGGGCACCACAAUGCUUAUCCAAUCGACGUUCUAUGGAAUCGCGGCUGAGCGUCUUACAAUGCGACUUCGAUCGAAAGUUUUCCGGAAUGUACUCCGUCAAGAUGGCGCCUAUUUCGAUCAUCCGUCACAUGCCGCUGGAAAGAUCUCCACUCGUUUGGCCACCGAUGCGCCGAAUAUAAAAGCGGCUAUCGAUUACCGUUUGGGAUCCGUGUUCAACGCGGCUGUGGCGCUGACGGCGGGAAUUGGUAUCGCUUUCUACUAUGGAUGGCAAAUGGCUCUAUUGAUGCUUGCUUUGAUGCCCCUUCUUGGUUUCGCUCAAUCUCUCCGCAUCCGCAUCUUUCAAGGCCAACGAAACAACACCGACGCCAAGGAUCUCGAGACUUCUGGAAAGAUCGCCAUGGAAGCUGUGGAGAAUAUCCGCACGGUGCAAGCGCUCACUUUGGAGAAAGUUUUGCAUAAAAAGUUCUGUGAGCAUCUCGAUGGACCGCAUCGAUCAAGCACCAAUAAGGCUAUUGUACAGGGUGUGGCUUAUUCGGUGGCCAAUUCGAUGAUGUUUUUCAUGUUCGCUGCCGAGUUUCGCUUUGGUGGAUGGUUGAUUAUGGAGAAUCAUGUGUCGAAUCCGAUCAACGUUAUGAGAGUGAUGAUGGCCAUUCAAUUCUCUUCAACCUCUCUCGGUUUCGCUUCCGCCUAUUUCCCCGAGUACGCGAAAGCAAAAUUCGCGGCCGGAUUAAUCUUCAAGAUGUUAGCAGAAACUCCAAAGAUCGACAAUCUCAGCAGAGGAGGGAAAUUGACACCAAUCAAUGGAGCCGUCGUUUUAAAGAACGUGCACUUCAGUUAUCCGGAGAGAGCGGAGGUUCAAGUGUUGAAAGGAUUAUCUCUAAAAGUGAAUCCGGGUGAAACGCUGGCUUUGGUUGGAUCGUCGGGAUGUGGAAAGAGUACGGUGGUUUCGCUGCUCGAGCGUUUCUACGAUCCAAGCAUUGGAUCAUUGGAGGUCGAUGGUGAGGAUAUCCGUCAAUUGAAUCUCCUUCAUCUCCGAAAACACAUCGCUCUUGUCUCCCAAGAACCAAUUCUUUUCGACUCGUCGAUUAAGGAAAACAUCGUUUACGGUCUCCCAGAAGGAUCAGUCACUGACUCAGAAGUUGUUGAAGCUGCUCGAAAAGCCAAUAUUCACAAGUUUAUCAGUGAAUUGCCCGAUGGAUACGAUACAAGAGUUGGUGACAAGGGGACACAGUUGUCUGGAGGACAAAAGCAACGCGUCGCCAUCGCAAGAGCUCUCAUCAGAAAUCCGAAGAUCUUGCUUCUCGAUGAAGCAACAAGUGCCCUCGAUACAGAAAGUGAAAAGUUGGUGCAAGAAGCUUUGGACAAAGCUUCUGAAGGCCGUACUUGUAUUGUGAUCGCUCAUCGACUGUCGACUGUCGUAAAAGCGAACACAAUUCUUGUCUGCAGUGGAGGGCAAGUCGUGGAACAAGGAACACAUGAAGAGUUGAUGGCCCAACGAGGUGCCUACUUUGAACUAACUCUCAAGCAACAAACUAAACAUAAUGUUGAGGUCGCGCCUCAA